GGAAGAUGGGUUCCACAGAAGACCUUGACUAUCCUCAAAUCAUUGUGCAAUACAGCAGUGGAUUUUUAGUCUCAAAGGUUAUGUUCACUGCUUGUGAGUUGGGGGUGUUUGAUCUUCUGCUGGAAUCAGGAGAACCUCUGUCUUCAGAUUCCAUUGCUGCAUGCUUGGAUACCAGCACCACCGGGAUGGAAAGACUGCUGGAGGCCUGUGUGGGACUGAAGCUCUUGGCAGUAGAGGUGACACAAAAAGGAGCCCUCUACAGAAACACAGAAAUUUCCAACAUCUACCUUACAAAAUCAAGCCCAAAGUCUCAGUAUCAUAUGAUGAUGUAUUAUUCCAAUACAGUCUACUCGUGCUGGCAGCACCUGACUGAAGCUGUGAGAGAAGGAAGAAACCAAUAUGAAAGAACUUUUGGCAUUUCAUCUAAAGAUCCUUUUGGAGCAAUGUACAGAUCAGAAGAAGAAAUAUCAAAAUUUAUGGCUGGCCAGAACUCAGUAUGGAGUAUAUGUGGCAGAGAUGUUCUUGCUGCAUUUGACCUUUCUUCUUUCACGCAGAUUUAUGACCUGGGAGGAGGUGGAGGAGCUUUGGCCCGGGAGUGUGUUUCUUUGUAUCCCAAUUCGACAGUCACAAUUUAUGAUCUACCAAAAGUUGUCCAAGUGGCCAAAGAGCAAUUUGUUUCCCCUGAGGAGCAUCAGAUCGCAUUCCAUGAAGGAGAUUUUUUUAAUGAUUCAAUUCCUGAAGCUGAACUGUAUAUUUUAUCCAAGAUACUGCAUGAUUGGGAUGAUGACAAAUGCAAACAGCUGCUGGCAAAAGUCUACAAAGCUUGCAAACCUGGUGGUGGAGUGCUGCUGGUUGAAUCACUUCUGAAUGAAGAUAAAAGUGGGCCUUUAGAAACCCAACUGUAUUCCAUGAAUAUGUUGGUCCAGACCGAAGGAAAAGAGAGAACAGCAGCAGAGUACAGCAAGCUCCUUGAGGCAGGUGGCUUUGGAGCGAUCCAAGUCAAGAGGACCGGAAAACUCUAUGAUGCUGUUCUAGGAAGGAAACAAUAGUGCACCUUUUAUGUACCUAACAAGACAGAAGAAGUGGGGAAAUGUGCUAUUCUCUUAGAAGAGAAUCAUCAACGUAGCUUUUAGUUAAGGCAGCCAACUUUUUUGUAAGCUGAUAUGUUGACAGAAGAAUCACUAAUUACAAAACUUUAAUGUGCAUGUACUGCAAGUCUGGCAGCCUGACCAGGCUUGCCUUUGGAUCUGGAAGGGAGAGAAAGAAAUCAAUACCUGUUCCACAAGAGAAAACCCACAAAAGAAAUGUGCACUGUGUCUGCUUCAGAUUUUAUCGUUUUCUGUUAUUUUAACACUGUAUCUGACAGAAGUAGAGCUGAAUUUGUACUUGAAUUCCUGUAAAAUAAAACUGAUUCCUGUA